AUGGCGGCUAUCCGGAAGAAAUUAGUUAUUGUUGGUGAUGGUGCUUGUGGUAAAACAUGUUUGUUGAUUGUAUUUAGUAAAGAUCAAUUUCCUGAUGUGUAUGUUCCAACGGUUUUUGAAAAUUAUGUUGCGGAUAUAGAAGUUGAUGGGAAGCAGGUAGAAUUGGCUUUGUGGGAUACGGCUGGCCAAGAGGAUUAUGAUCGAUUACGCCCACUCAGUUAUCCGGAUACUGAUGUUAUUUUAAUGUGCUUUAGCAUCGAUUCACCUGAUUCGCUUGAAAAUAUUCCCGAAAAGUGGACUCCUGAGGUACGUCAUUUCUGCCCAAAUGUUCCAAUAAUUUUGGUUGGUAACAAGAAAGAUCUUCGAAAUGAUCAGCAGACUAUUCGUGAGUUGGCAAAGAUGAAACAGGAACCGGUAAGACCAGAGCAGGGACGUGCUAUAGCCGAGCAAAUAGGGGCCUUUGCAUAUUUGGAAUGCUCUGCCAAAGCAAAGGAUGGUAUUCGCGAAGUGUUUGAGAAGGCAACACAAGCUGCGCUGCAGCAAAAGAAGAAGAAAAAGAGCAAAUGUGACAUUCUCUGA